AUGAUAACCGAGUUUCUAGGGUUGAAGGGAAUACCACUGACAGGUAGAUUCCCAUUGAAGCGUAUGGAUGUUGGCCACGCAGCUGUGCAUGUUACCCACCAGCCAGUACUCUGGGUCUACGCGAGGUCAUCGAUAUCAUUUGAGCCUGAAUGCCUCAAAUGGCAGAUUUAUUUGCUACUCAAUGGCGUCGAAUUCAAACUUAAAUCCACCAACGAACCAAAUGGAUCGCCGAAUAGCAGGCUUCCUGUGCUAGAACUCCCGCACACAGAUGGCCAGACACCCGUCCUGCUCACCGAUGACCAGAUAAGGGCGUAUGUCGAGGAUGGUAGCUGUAAUAACGUCCCAGACGAGCACCUUCUACACACAAUAGAGAAACAGCUGAGAAUAUCUUUCCUCACUUACCACCUAUUCAUACCAUCCGCGUCGCUCCACUCUGCCAAUCUCUACUUCCCAGCGACCACUAAACUGAUAUCUUUGCAACAGUCACACCACUUCAAUCGCCUCAAAGCAUCAGCUAGCGUUGAGAUCGCAAAGGUCGUCAGCGGCAAUCAUGUCUUAGACCACACACACACUACUCUGACAUCUUGGCUAUAUGCCCGCUAUUUCCCCAGCGAGGAACCAUACGAAUGUGUGCCAGUGGAUGUGGAUGCUGUCGAUAGGAUCGCUGCGAAUGCCUUAUCUGAGUUAUCCGCCAAUCUUGCGUCGAAUACGUGGAUAUUGGGUGGAGACAAACCAACUUACGCAGACGCCUGUUUAUUCGCCUACCUCUAUCUCACUCUCUCCCUCCUCCCGCCAUCCUCACACCUGCGCAAACGACUGACAGGUCACAUCAACUUGACGCACUACACGCAGCGCAUUGCCAGCGACUACCUCAAGGCUAGAAUAUAA